CCCUCUUCAUCGCAGGGUAUGUUCAUCGUGAGCCUGCCUUACUCGGUGCUCCACGGCGGCUACUGGGGCAUCUUCGCCCUCGUCUUCGUCGCCUACAUGUGCUGCCACACAGGCAAGAUACUCGUGGACUGCCUCUACGAGCCGAACGAACGCGGCGAGCUCGUCCGAGUCCGGGACAGCUAUGUGGCCGUAGCCCAGACGGUGCUGGGACCCCGGUGGGGCGGCAAGGCCGUCAACAUCGCCCAGAUCAUCGAACUGCUCAUGACCUGCAUUCUGUACGUGGUGCUCUGCGGAGACCUCAUGAUCGGCUCCUUCCCCGAGGGCGCCGUCGACCAGCGCUCCUGGAUCAUGCUGACCACCAUCAUACUGCUACCGUGCGCCUUUCUCAAGAACCUGCGCUCCGUGUCCAUGCUGAGCUUCUGGUGCACGGUCACUCAUCUCUGCAUCAACGUCAUCAUCCUCGGCUACUGCCUGGGCCGAGCCUCGGAGUGGGCUUGGGCCAAGGUCCAGUUCCGCAUCAACAUCAACAAAUUCCCGGUCACCAUGGGCAUCGUUGUCUUCAGUUACACGUCGCAAAUCUUCCUGCCAACGCUCGAAGGAAACCUGACGGACAAGUCCAAGUUUCAUUGCAUGCUCAACUGGAGCCACAUCGCUGCCGCCGUCUUCAAGGCGCUGUUCGCCUGGGUUUGCUUCCUCACGUUCGCCGAGGAAACCCAGGAGGUGAUCACCAACAACCUGCCCACCAAGGGUUUCAAGAUCGUCGUCAACCUGAUCCUGGUCGCCAAAGCGCUCUUCUCCUACCCGCUGCCCUACUUCGCCGCCUCAGCCCUGAUCGAGCACGCCUACUUCAGGGAGCGACCGAAGACCCUGUUCCCAUCCUGCUAUGCCAUCGACGGCGAGCUGCGGGUGUGGGGACUGGCCCUGCGAGUGGGUCUCGUCAUAUUUACCAUGCUCCUGGCCAUCUCGAUACCAUAUUUCGCCCUGCUCAUGGGUCUGAUCGGGAGCUUCACCGGCACCAUGUUGUCCUUCAUCUGGCCCUGCUACUUCCACAUGAAGCUCAAGUGGGACACCAUGGAGUGGUACUCCAUCAGCUGGGAGGUGUUCAUCAUGUGCUUCGGAGGCUUCUCGGGGCUCGUCGGCAUCUACACCUCGUUUGCGGGUCUCGUGGAGGCCUACCAUCUUCCGCUGCCUCACGUGCCGGUCAUAGAGUCUUAGAACGUGCCUCUUUACUAUAAUCUCGUGCCAGAGCAGCGAAUUUUUCUUUCAUUCUAUCGUUGUCUGUAUGCGUGUUCUGUGAGUCUGAGUUGAUAUGUUCGUGCAUGUUCGUGGUGAGUAACGAGAGGGAGUAUUUUUCUUCUUGCGGGGAAAGCUGAAGUGGUGGCUUGAAGUGGCGUGUUAACAACAACAAGAAGAGGUGUCACUAGCGA